AUAGCCUGCGUGAAUGCGUUUUCACGCACAAUAUUUCUAAUUUCACGCUAGGAAAAAAAUAAGAUUUGCGUCAUUAACCCGUGCGAAAUCCGGACUCUGCGUCAAUGUCCGGCUCCAAUAUUACGUAGUUAGAAAACUCAAUAAUCUAAGUCAAACAGACACUUAUCAAGUAAACGAAACUCGUAACAAGCGCUUUCUUGAUCGUGAUUAUAAACCAGUCGCAUAGCAAAUAUGGCGCUGUCAAAAAUGUUUACAAAUUCAGUGUUACCCUAAUAUGGAAAAACCCAUACACUUGAUGAAGGCAGGGGUGAAAAAACCCCUCAAUUUAUAAAGGUUAAAUAUGGUGGUGUUUUGAGGCAAUUAUUGAAGAAACAGAAAACACUUGUCAAGUUGAAAGUUUGGACAUAACAUUUGAAUUUUAAGCAACAUUUAAAGGUGGCAUUUGUGUUCAGCUGAAGGUAAAUAUAAAAAGAUUUCUCAGAUCUUCAUCAUGGCAACACCCAUCAGCCAAACCGCUUUCCGUCCUAAAGGCCAGUCCACCUGUAGUGACCACAAAGGGAGGCGCUUGGAUCUUUACUGUGAGAAAUGUGAUCAACUCAUUUGCCAUGCAUGUUUGUCAACAACUCACAGAAGUCACCCUCUUUGUGAACUCAGUGAAAUUACUCCUCAAAAGAAACAAGAAAUUACAAACUUUAUCAACAAAACAGAACAAAAUGACCUGGUAGAAGUCAGGGAAUAUAUAACUUCUGCUGAUUCAUUACUCAAAGACAAUACCAGUCAUUUUGAGAAACUUUCACAGCAACUAAAAAAUCAAACAGAUCAACUAAAACAUGAACUCGAUCUAUUUACAGCACAGACACUCUCAGUGUAUAAACAGAUGGAAGAGGACAACACCAGGAUGAUACAGAAAUACAAACAAGAACUGGAGAUGUACAACAGACAGCUGAAACAACAACUACAGGAAUGUAAGGUGACUCUACAACGUGGUUCUCACCUGGACAUCUAUGACACAGAUAUACAUUCCUCAUUACAUCUCCCUGUCAAACCUGUCCUGGGUACGGUCAUCUUCACACCUAACACAAAUCCACAACAUCAUCUACAACAGGCCGUAGGGACGAUUAUCACCUCAGGUCAAACAACUGACCAGGAUCGGUCAAUCUCAGUAUCACAUGACCAGGGACAAUCCUCUAAACAACAACAAACAGGAGUAAAAGGGAAGAAAGCAGUGAUAAGUAAAGCACUACUGUCAGAGACCAAAGUGGUGAAGGAGUGGAGGUCUCCAUGUGACAUUGGGUCUAUAUGUCCCACCACUGAUGGUCAGGUGUGGACCAGGGAUUACAGUGAUACAUUAACUCUCCUUAACAGGGAGGGUAAAGUAGUACAGAAGGUCACACACACGACUAACAUCACUGACAUCAGUCUAUCACCCACAACACACACACUGUGGGUCUGUGACAGUAAAAACAACAUCAUGGAGCUGGUAUCAGGACGACUUACAAACAAAUUCAGAACCAAGGAGAGACCCCAGUGUAUAUGUGUUACAGCCAGUAACCAUAUCAUUGUGGGGAUGAAGAAACACAUCUGUAAAUUUACUACACAAGGUCAAAUGGUACUCACUACAAUGGCUGUAGGGACUGGGAAACCAUUAGUGUAUACACCAUGGAGGAUGUCAGAGUGUCCAGUAACUCACAAUGUCACAGUGAUUGAUUUCAGCAGUAAAAGUGACGGUGGUGAUGGAAACAGACGUGUUGUUGUCAUGGAUACUGACUUCCAGGAAGUGUUUGUAUAUAGAGGUGACAUCCCCAGUACAUAUAAACAAACACCACAAACAGGACGUGUAACAUUUGACCCCUAUGGUGUGGUGUAUGACAGUGUGGGGAACCUCAUCAUAGGGGACUAUGACAACCGUAGGGUCCUACUCCUCAGUGGAGAUGGUGAGUUCCUCAGGAUCAUAUACACAGACAGAGUGGGGACAGUGGCUGUAGGUAUAGACAGGGAGGAUGUUCUGUGGGUAAGGUUUGGGGGUAGCAAUGUAAAACUACUACAGUACAGUGUGUAACAGUACUACUACAGUACAGUGUGUAACAGUACUACUACAGUACAGUGUGUAACAGUACUACUACAGUACGGUGUGUGACAGUACUACUACAGUACAGUGUGUAACAGUACUACUACAGUACAGUGUGUAACAGUACUACUACAGUACAGUGUGUAACAGUACUACUACAGUACAGUGUGUAACAGUACUACUACAGUACUGUGUGUAACAGUACUACUACAGUACAGUGUGUGACAGUACUACUACAGUACAGUGUGUGACAGUACUACUACAGUACAGUGUGUAACAGUACUACUACAGUACAGUGUGUAACAGUACUACUACAGUACAGUGUGUAACAGUACUACUACAGUACAGUGUGUUGACACUACUACUACAGACAGAACUAGACAGAUAUAUGUUAUUCUAGUGAGUUACCCUGGUAACAAACUUUGUAAAUAAUAUUUACAUGUAACAGAAACAAUACCGUUUAAAUGAACGAUGUUCGUCAGCAAAAUGUAUUGGUGUCACCACCCACAUCGUUCCCUUUGUAAACUACAUCUGUGUGUAAAAUCAGUAUGAAAUUCACUUUAAUGUGUUAAAACUUUGUCUUCCUUUUUUUCUUUCUGAUUGCAGUUAAAAUCAGUAUAAAGUUAUGUUGUGUAUUUAGAGGUGACCAAUGUCUUAUAAUGUACAUGUAUACUGUAUCCCUA